CCUUUUCAUCGUCGGCGUGAGGCGGCGGCGUUUUUCCUUCUCUCCGACCUCCAUCUUGGCUCGGCGUGAGGCGGGUGAAACCAUGCAGCUGUUUGUUCGUGCUCAGAAUCUGCACACCCUUGAGGUGUCUGGACAUGAAACAGUAUCUCAUCUCAAGGCUCGCAUUGAGUCCCUGGAGGGCAUCGCCCUGGAGGAUCAAGUGAUUCUUCUGGGCGGGAUCCCCUUGGAGAAUGAUUCUGUCAUUGGUCAAUGCGGCAUCAGUGAUCUUGCAACUUUGGAGGUUACUGCACGCAUGCUUGGUGGGAAGGUCCAUGGUUCCCUGGCUCGUGCUGGCAAAGUGAGAGGCCAGACUCCAAAGGUUGCUAAGCAAGAGAAGAAGAAGAAGAAAACCGGGAGGGCCAAGAGGCGCAUGCAGUACAAUCGCCGAUUUGUCAACGUCGUGCCCGGCUUUGGUAAAAAGAAGGGGCCCAAUGCCAACUCCUAAAGAGCCCCCAGUCAUAUAAUAAAGACAUAUAUUUCCUCGAACCAUU